UUCUUUCCAGAUUCGGAGAAGCGAAGCGAGACCGGCGACGAGAUGGGGAUCUCGGAGAAGCGGUCCCCGCUGACCGGGGACGAGGACCCGAACAGCAGCAGCAACCACCUCCCGAGCCCCAACCUCCCGAGCCCCAACCUCCCCAGCCCCAACCUCCCGAGCCCCAACCUCCACACCGGGCACAGCAGCCCCGCGCCCUCCCUGGUGGACGUGGACGACUCGGCCGAGAAGGACGCCCCCGGCGGGGGGCAGACCGGGUCGGACGGGGAGCUCGAGCCGGAGUUCGCCCCCAAGCGGAAGCAGCGCCGGUACCGGACCACCUUCACCAGCUUCCAGCUGGAGGAGCUGGAGAAGGCCUUUUCCAGGACGCAUUACCCUGAUGUCUUUACCAGGGAGGAAUUGGCCAUGCGAGUCGGUCUAACGGAGGCCAGGGUCCAGGUAUGGUUCCAGAACCGCCGCGCAAAGUGGCGAAAGCAGGAGAAGGUCGGCCCGCAGAACCAUCCGUACGGGACGCCUCUGACCUCCCUCCCCUCGAACCCCCCCGCACCUAGUCUGACCUCGACGAUCUCCUCCCCGCUGAUGUCCCACCUGACCUACCUUCGCAAGCCGUUCGACGGGUCGCUGUUGGCGGCUCCUCCCCGCCUCCCCUCCGCCUACCACCCCUACCAUCUCCCGUACCUCCCUCCCCCGCUGACCUUCCGCCAUCCGUUCUUCCCCUCGCCCCUCGUGCCCCCGAUGACCGCCUCGUUCCAGAGCCUCCUCGCCUCCCUCUCCGCCCACCGGCCCAAGGUUCCCCCGGAAGUACCAGGAGCCUCCGCGCCCAUCAGUCCCGCCUCCGCUCCGUCCGAGGACGAACUCGACCGACGGUCCUCGUCCAUCGCCGCUCUUCGCCUCAAGGCCCGGGAAUUCGAGAUGCAGCUGGAAAUGUCCAGGAAAGGCGGCGACGUCGUCAGUUGAAUCUGUGAUCGAAUCCUUUCCGUUUUCGAGUACCGAGGAGCACCUCCGAGAGCACCUCCAAGAGCACCUCCGCGAGCACCUCCGAGAGCACCUCCAAGAGUACUGGCCUUCCCAAAGAGCAGCUUUAUUUUCUCCGUCCCCGUCGAAACCGACUCUCCGUCCCAUCGUGUGUGUCUAGCAUGUAGAACGUUCAC